UCCCGAAGACGAAUGAAGACACAUUAAAAAGAUACUCAAAUAGUUUUCAAGAUUUCAAAUCACUGGAUAAGGGAUGGUCUUGGAAUAUAAUGCUGGCAAGUUUUGGGACAUUUUGUCUGAUUGGUGCGAAUAUGUAUGGUGUGGGAAUAAUGCAUGCUGUCCUGCUGGAAAGAUACAACGAAAGUGUCUCGCUAACUGCUUGGGCAGGCUCAAUACACAUAGCAUUCAUGUCUCUAGGAGCACCGUUGUCCAGCUUUAUGGCGGAUCGAUUCAGCUGCCGGACAGCCGUUAUGUUAUCCGGAAUGCUGUUUACAGCUGGGUAUGGGGAACAGCGUUUGCACCAAAUAUUCAAACUGUUAUCUUCACCUUAGGCAUUGUUGCUGGAUUUGGUGCUGGUCUUGGGGUAACUCCUAGUAUAGUUGUGAUUGGAUUCAAUUUCAAAGUGAGACGUGACAUUGCUUUAGGUGUUGUACUAUCUGGAAUGGGGUCCGGCCUAUUUGCACUUGCACCGCUUAUGCAACUUGCAAAUGAUUACUAUGGAGCUACAGGAUUUUUCAUCAUACAAGCUGCAAUCUCGCUGAACAUUAUAGUUUUCGGAGCCUCAUAUAUCCCUAGUAAACUAGAGCUUCAUACACAAGACAUGCGCACUCACAACAAUCGGACUGCUUUGCCACAUGGAGGCACAAACCUACGAUUCAUAGAUUUUUACAAGCAAUACUUUAAAGCAUUGAACAAGAAACCUAUUUUUCUUUUAAGUUUUGGCAUGUUCUUGAAUUGUAUCGGUACAUUCUUGAUUUAUUUACAUCUUCCUGUCUAUAUUGUGUCUAAAGGAUUUUCAAAAGCUCAGGCAUCAUACAUGAUGUCGCUCACGGGCAUUUUAACUGUCAUUGGUCGUCUUUUAACUGGAUUUGUCGCAAAUCUUCAUAAAUCUAUAGACAUAUGGUUGUACUCUGGUUCAUUUGCUGUGGUAUCAGUGGCUACAAUUGUAUAUCCACACAUUUCAAAUACACUUGCAGGAAAUAUAGGCUAUGCAGUAGUGCUUGGGCUCUUUUUUGGAUGCUGUUACGUUCUAAUUACAUCAGUUAAUAUGUCUUUCGUUGGUAUAAGACACGAUCAGCAGCUAUUGGUGUCGAGUUUUUCUUUGGAGGAUUUGGGUCCGUGCUCGGACCAGAAUUUGCUGGCUUUCUGAUAGACAGUGGUGGUACAUAUGAACAGGCGAUAACGUUUGCUGGUGGGUGUUUUUUCCUAGCUGCUUUUUCAAGCAUCCUAACAAAGUGUUUUCAUGUAGAUUCUGAAACAGAUGAAUACAAAAUAACAUGGAAAUUUUCAAAAAGAAAAGAGAGGAGACAAACAUGAUCUCGCAGACAAAC